AUGCCAAGCUUGGCUGUCUCGAGCUUGAAUUUGAAAUUACAGGAUGCUGAUGGUAUUCGGUACACCGACGUUGACUAUGAAUUGAACCUCGUACUACCUCUGGCCUUGCCGUCCGAGCUUGUGAGCCAUUUAAGAGUCAUUAACAUCGUCCUCAACAAGAGUGUGCCGAUCGAGGCGAACAUCCGCUUCAAAAUCAACGAUUUGCACUUGAGUGCGUGUCUGGUUGCAACAACAUCCAAGGGCAUAGCAUCAGUACCAAUCAGUCUCCAGACUGAGUCCGCGUGCUCCCUUUCAGGGGUGAAACACAAAGGCAAGAAGUGGAAUCUGAAUGGAAAGUCAGAUUAUACAGUCUGCAAAGGAGAAGGGAAGGGGAUGACUGGGCUUCCCCAAUCCCUCGGCUACAUGGGGAUUGUCCACAGACGGCGAAAGCUUCUUGGCAAGAAUGACUGUACCGUGUACGGAGUCUGUUGUGAUGAUGUUCACUUCCUUUUUUUGAAACUCGAUAACUAUUCCCGGUGGUCUGAACGCCUGAUAAUAGCGCGUAAUGAUAAGUACGAGACAGUGUUUGGGCCGAUGGUCUUCAUGAUGAAGAAGGCAAUGCUGCUCUCGCCAAUGCACUCGAAGGAGUCAUCGGCUCAAACUCAUCAUGAUCAGGAACCAAGCGCAAGAGAGGGGCUUGUGCUGGAUGAGCGGAUGGAUGGGGAGUAA